UUUCAACAGAAGAAAAAGAAACCGGGGAUGGGAAAAGCGUCGGGAGCGAAGCAAGCGGCGCUGGUGUUCGGAGCCCUAGCCGUCGGGUGGCUGGCCAUAGAGCUCGCCUUCAAGCCCUUCCUCGACAAAGCCCGCUCCGCCAUGAACAAGUCCGACCCGGCCCGCGAUCCCGACGAAGACGAUGCCGUCAAGGCUGCCGAGGCCACCGUUAAUACUGCCCAGGCCACCGUUGAAGCUGCCCAGGCCACCGUUAAAGCUGCAGAGAUCGCCGUCGACGAAGCCUCUGCACCUCUGUAAGGUAGCAGACUCGAACACUACUACUACUAGUGCAGUCUACACCGAAUCGAUAGGCAAUAACGAUGGGGGUUUUGGAAUAUUACGAUCUGGGAUUAAUCAAAUUUUAAGAGCUUUGUUACUAUUUACUGUGUGAAUUCGAAAAUUGUUGGAAUUUUAGAAUCGAGGGAAUUACUGGCUUUUGAAUUUUUCUUUCUGUUUAAUCACUAUUAAUUAAUGCUUGUUAAUUAUAA